AUGCCGUCCUUAACCUCUCUAGCCGAAGGGCUUCUCGCUCGAGCAAAGAAGCUCGACGCAUAUCUUGAGGCCCACAAUAUUCCCUACCCGUCCUUUGACGAGGACACGCUCGAUCAGCUCCCAAAUGAGCUCCAAGAUGAGCGCUGGGCACUUGGGAAUGACGCCAACGAACUGAAGCAACUGAGCCGAGGCGCGGCGCAUGCUACUUUGGAUUGUGCAUUGGGUUGGAGUGACGCUCUCGGUCUGCGCGUCGUAUACCAUUAUAAGCUAGCCACCGCGGUGCCCCUGAAUGGCAGUGCCUCAUAUGCCGAGAUCGCCGCCACAUCUGGCUUGAAAGAAGACUUAUGCAGACGGUUCAUGCGUAUAGCCAUGGGCUUCCACGUCUUUACCGAAGAUCCGGAGACGCAGCGUGUACGGCAUACCGCGUCUUCUAGGCGACUGGCUACGGACCAGAGUUUCUCUGACGCUGUUGGCCUUGAAAUAGAAGAUCUCGGACCUGCAUCCUCCAAGCUAAUUGACGUAUGGGAGAAGUUCGAACAGAACACGGCUGAGCCCAAUCAAUCUGCCUUCAGCAUGUUCAACGAGACCGACAAGCCCAUCUUCGCUUUGUUUGCGGGGCAACCCGAGAGAGCGCGGCGCUUCGGAGGGGCUAUGCGCCACUUCACCAAAGGUGAUUCUUGGGAUCUGCGACAUAUGUUGACCUCGUUCGACUGGUCGUCCAUUGACCAGCCUGGCGCGCAAGUCGUGGACAUAGGGGGUGGCAACGGCCAGAUCAGCCAGUAUCUUGCGCGUCACACAACCCAUGUGCAUUACAUUGUUCAAGACCUCGCCUACGUAGUGGCCCAAGCGCCUUCACAGCUUCCUGGUGAAUUCAAAGACCGUAUCGAGUUUGUCGAACACGACUUCUUCACACCACAGACUAUGGAACCACCAGCCGCGUUCCUAAUGCGCUAUGUCUUGCAUAAUUGGGCUGAUAAGUACGCAAUUCGUAUUCUACAAGGUCUGGUGCCGGCGAUGCGCAAGGGUACGAAGGUCCUGAUCUAUGAAUACGUGCUUGAGGACCGGCCGGUUACAGAUCUCACCGGCCGUUUUGGCUUUCAGAUGGACGCUAUCAUGGCGACUGUCUUUAACGCGCAAGAGCGGACUGCUGCUGAGUACGAGCACAUUCUCAAAGAAACAGACUCGCGAUAUGUAGUGGAGGCAGUGUGCCGCCCUGAAGGUAGUACCAUGAGUAUCGUACAAGUCGGAUGGUCAGGCUAG